UUUAGUUUUUUUUUUUUGCUGUAAUGGGUGUAAAAACUAUCUGAAGUUGAGUCUGUUUCUCAUGGACCCAAAUGGAUUUUCGAGUUGAUUCAGUAAAGUCGAGAAUGUCAAAUGUUUCUGUGGUCAGGUUAUCUCGAGUGAGACAUUGAUGCAGUCCCGAGAGGAUACUGCAAACCAGGUGUUGCAAGAUACCGGUGCUGUUCUUAUUCCUUCCUUUAAUGAUGGGCACUUUAUAAGGGAAGCUCAAGUACGCAUCAAGCCCUUUGCGCAACAAACUCCUGUGCUCACCUCAGACACUUUAGAUUCUAUUGCUGGAAGAAAGUUGUACUUCAAAUGUGAAUGCUUUCAGAAGGGGGGAGCUUUUAAAUUCCGAGGGGCAUGCAAUGCUAUUUUUUCACUUGAUGAUGAUCAGGCCACUAAAGGAGUUGUAACUCAUAGCAGUGGAAAUCAUGCUGCAGCUCUUUCUUUGGCUGCAAAACUACGGGGCAUCCCUGCAUAUAUAGUUAUACCAAAAGAUGCUCCAAAAUGCAAAGUCGCGAAUGUCAAACGUUACGGUGGUCAUGUUAUCGUCAGUGAGCCAUCAAUGCAGUCCCGGGAAGAUACUGCAAACAAGGUGUUGCAAGAUACCGGUGCUGUUCUUAUUUCUUCCUCUAAUGAUGGGCGCAUUAUAAGUGGGCAGGGUACAAUAUCUCUGGAAUUUCUGGAACAGGCUUCGGAAAUUGACACUUUAAUAGUCCCAAUCAGCGGAGGUGGUAUGAUAUCAGGAGUUGCAUUGGCUGCCAAGGCUAUCAACCCUACCAUUCGCAUUUUGGCUGCCGAACCAAUGGGAGCAAAUGAUGCUUUCCAAUCAAAGAGUAAUGGUAGGAUCACUAAGUUAUCUGAAGUCAACACUAUUGCUGAUGGCCUUCGAGCUUUUCUUGGAGAUCUCACGUGGCCUAUUGUCCGCGAUCUCGUGGAUGACGUCAUAGUUGUUGAUGAUAAGGAGAUAAUACAAGCUAUGAAACUUUGCUAUGAAGUUCUGAAGAUUGCAGUGGAACCAAGUGGAGCUAUAGGCCUUGCAGCUGUUCUUUCCGAUGGUUUCCAAAAAAAUCCAGUCUAUAGUGAAUGCAAUCAUAUUGGAAUUGUUCUCUCCGGAGGAAAUGUUGAUCUUGGUGUGCUAUGGAAUUCCUUUGAUAAAUGAGAAACUCUAUUAGUCCCGAGGGGCAGAUUCAGAAUUUGAACUAGUAUUCGAGUUUGGAAUUCUACCACAACUCAUUUGAUUUACUGGGUUUGGAAUCAAUUACUAUUUGUUCUUCUUUAGUUAAGUUUUUUUUUUUAUAUAUAUAUAUAUAUAUACAAUGUUCGAUCCAAAGUUACUAGUUUCAGAUGAAUCCGUAACUUUCACUCAAUGUCCAUCCUUGGAAACAAGUGUUAUUCAAAUUAUCAUUGUUUUUGAUAUACAUACAUUGUUGUUGUCA